AUGUUGCUUUCAAAGUCUCUCACCGUGUUGGCAUUGACGACAUUCACAGCUGUGAAUGGUUGGCCGUGGAAACGCCACUCCAAGAAUAGAUUCGAUUGGGAUCUCGUUGAUCAUUUAAUUGCAUUCGGAGAUUCGUAUACCUUCGUACAGGGUACCAAUGGCUACCCUACAUUCAGUUUCAUCGGAGAUUACCUGCCUGGCCAGUUCGCUGUAACCCCUUCGGAACUGUGGUCUGAUCGUAUCGUCCAGAACUUCACUGGAACUGCGGAAGGGGGCCCAAACUGGGUUGAAUAUUUGACAGGAUGUGGUCUCAAGCCGGGUCUGACAGAUCCCAAGAGUUGUAAGACGCAAUUGUGGGACUUUGCUUUCGCUGGGGCCGACGUUUCUGAAGAAUUCACGGCUUUACAUCACAAUUGGACCGUCCCUCUCGUCAAUCAGACACAGCAAUUCUUGACCUGGAUAGAGCCUGAGUUCCGGCGGCACUUAAGAAUCACUCAGCAAAAUACCUUGGUUGCCAUUUGGAUCGGAAUCAACGAUAUUGGCGAUACAAGCAAACGAAAUGUGUCGUUUCCUGACCUCUACGACUCCAUCAUUUCCACCAUAUUCACCGAAAGUGUGGAGCCUCUAUAUGAGGCUGGGUACCAAAACUUCCUCUUCGUGAACCUUCCUCCGCUUGACAGAACGCCGUUGAACGUGGUCAAGGCUGAACCUCUCCCUAAUAAGACUAUGAUAGGAUGGUGGGAUGAUACACUGCAACAGAAAAGCGACGCUUUUGCAGCUCAGUAUGAAGACACGAAUGUCUUUUUGUAUGAUGCAAACACUUUUUUGAAUCAUAUUCUGGACAACCCGUUGGAGUAUGGCAUAAAGAACAGUACUGGCUAUUGUCCGGGUUAUUUGGAUGCAGACGAGGUCACUGAUCCCGCGAAAUAUGGUUGUAUUCCGAUUGAUGAGUAUUUCUGGUUUAACACGGGACAUAUGUGA